UGCCACCACACAGGGGCAGUAUUGCUACUUCAGAUAUGAACCGGUUUCAAACGACUUCAAAGGAAUUUUACCAAACUGUAAAUAACGCUCCGGUUUAUGCUAGCAGAUAUCCGGCGUGACUUCACGAUAAACAGCUCGAGUUAUUUAAUGGCUUCGCUACACUAACUCGGGAUCCGUCUCCUUCCCCUUCUCGCUGUUAGCUUCAUCAUGACCAAGGACAUCGUUGUCGGAGAUGAAUUACCGGACUGGGUGGGAGCUAAGGAAUUCUACCAGAAGUAUGACCCCAAGGAGGUGAUCGGCAGGGGUGUGAGCAGUGUGGUACGCAGGUGCGUGCACAGACACACAGGUCAAGAGCUGGCAGUGAAGAUUAUUGAGAUCACAGCGGAGAAGAUGACAGCCCAGCAGCUGCAGGAGGUGAAGACCUCCACCCUGAAGGAGAUCCAAGUCCUCAACAUGGUGAAGGGACACCCCUCCAUCAUCACCCUCAUUGAUUCCUACGAGUCCACCACAUUCAUAUUCCUAGUGUUUGACCUCAUGAGGCGAGGAGAGCUGUUUGACUACCUCACUGAAAAAGUUACCUUGAGUGAAAAGGAGACCAGGUGUAUAAUGCGAGCGCUGCUGGAGGCUGUGCAGUACCUGCACGCUCUGGACAUUGUGCACCGGGACCUGAAACCUGAGAACAUUCUCUUGGAUGAUCAAGGUCACAUCAAACUGUCUGACUUUGGCUUCUCUGUGCAGCUACAGCCUGGAGAGAAGCUCAGAGAGCUCUGUGGAACACCUGGUUAUUUGGCCCCUGAGAUCCUGAAAUGCUCCAUGGAUGAAAUGCAUCCAGGCUAUGGCAAAGAGGUUGAUCUAUGGGCGUGUGGAGUCAUCCUCUUUACGCUGCUGGCCGGCUCACCGCCAUUCUGGCACCGCAAACAGAUGCUAAUGCUGAGGAUGAUCAUGGAGGGCCGCUACCAGUUCAGCUCGCCGGAGUGGGACGACCGAUCUGACACAGUAAAGGACCUGAUUUUCAGGUUGCUGGUGGUCGACCCAGCUGCUCGGCUCACUGCAGAGCAAGCCUUAGCUCAUUCCUUUUUCAGAAAGUACCAGAGGGAGGACGUGCACCUCUUCAGUCCCAGGAAGACAUUUAGGGUUUUGAUCGUAAGUGUGCUAGCCUGUAUCAGGAUUUACAGCCGCUUCCGCAGGGUUCGGCCACUCACCCGAGAGGUGCUGGCCAGGGAUCCCUACUCACUCCGUGGCAUCCGCAAGCUCAUCGAUGGCUGCGCUUUCCGCAUCUAUGGCCACUGGGUCAAGAAAGGGGAGCAGCAGAACCGCGCGGCGCUCUUCCAGAACACCGCCAAAAUUGUGCUGCUGGGCCUGGAGGAAUUUGAGACAUAGAAAAGGUCAAACUCAUUCCCUAUCCUCGUCGGUUUAUUUUAUUUAACUCUGUUUAUGUUAUUUUUGUCUCAUCCAGAUUCUGAUUAAUGUGCAAUCUGUUGGGGUGGAGAAAUGUGUGCAAGUUCAACAUGCAUGCGAGAGUUGAUGAUGUUUAUCUGUGUUUUGAUCCAAGAUGGUAGCUGUUUGAAGCUCUUUUAGUUGGCAUCAUGUCUGCAGUGCACUUUAGCAAAGGACACCAGUCCGAUAGAACCAUCAGAUAUGUAGAUGGUGUGUCCAGGAUUUUACCUGCUAACUGUUUAAUUAACACGUUCCCAAGUGAAUUGGAAAUGAGAGCUUUAGGAUGAAUAAUUUUUAGAUUUGUUAUUUUAAAACUGUUUUACUGAUGUUCCAGAGUUGCACAUGAGUGCUGUAGAACGUGUGUGUGUGUGUGUGUGUGUGUGUGUGAGAGAGAGAGAGAGAACUAUGUGAAACAUAAUUCUGUAAUUGUCACGCCUGCCUUCCUCAAGUGGAGAACCGCUCGCUCUGACUGUAAAAUCUCUUUUUCCCAUUCUGAUAAAAAGUAACGCUUUUAUUUUGAAACGUGCCUGGCUGCAUGAGAAAUGCACAAGCACAGGUAUGAAUCAUUCUGUAUGUGCACAAACAUGUUUUAUUAAAACAAAUAUUUGAAUUGUCUUAACUUCA